GCACGAUUAGACUGGGGACCUUUGCGCACCAUUGCUGUUUCUCAACGGAUUCUAAUUUGAUUAACACAGUGACGUCACAGAGGAAAGCGUUUUGAGAACACAUUUAUCUUCUUCAAACUAGCAGUAGUUAGACGUAAACAUGUCCAUAUUUACACCGACAAACCAAAUACGGCUGACGAAUGUGGCGGUGGUGCGGAUGAAGAAAGGAGGCAAGCGGUUCGAAAUUGCCUGUUACAAGAAUAAAGUUCUCAGCUGGCGAUCCGGAGCGGAGAAAGAUCUGGAUGAGGUUUUGCAGACAAACUCCGUUUUCGUCAAUGUCUCCAAAGGACAGGUGGCCAAAAAGGACGACUUGAGCAAAGCUUUUGGCACAGAUGACUUGACUGAAAUCUGCAAGCAGAUCCUGACCAAAGGGGAGCUCCAGGUGUCCGACAAGGAACGGCAGUGUCAGCUGGAGACCAUGUUCAGGGACAUCGCCACCAUCGUGGCCGACAAGUGUGUCAACCCCGACACCAAGAGGCCGUAUACAGUCAGCCUGAUCGAGCGUGGCAUGAAGGACAUCCACUACUCUGUCAAGGCCAACAAGAGCACCAAGCAGCAGGCUCUGGAGGUGAUCAGGCAGCUGAAGGAGACCAUGCAGAUCCAGCGGGCCCACAUGAGGCUGCGUCUUCUGCUGCCGGGCAAAGAGGCCAAGCGGCUGAAGGAGAAGCUCAAACCUCUCCUGCAGGUUGUCGAGAGCGAAGACUUUGAUGAGAACCUGGAAAUUGUGUGUCUGGUGGAUCCUGGCUGCUACAGGGAACUCGGCGAGCUGAUCCGCUGUGAGACCAAAGGCCGAGGCUCUGUGGAGGUGGUCAGUCUGAAGGACGUGGAGGAGGGUGACGAGAAGCUGUAGGGAAACGGGAACGUUAUCACACUUUGCAAAGGCCUUUAAGCACUAAUUCAGUCUAAAUAAAAACUAUUUUGCUGCGUAUGUUUCCCCUCUACAAGCAUACACCUUGGGAAUGUCUGCUUUGCAGCACUUUUAGUUAUUUUUAUUGUUGUUUACAUACAAAUAUCAAAUACAUUCAAUAUUGUCACCAUUUCUUUAAAAUCAAGAACAAGUGAAAAGUUAAGUAAUUAGUAAGUUUAAGAAUCAGAAUCUCUAUGAGCCAAGUACACAAGGAAUUUGUCUCUGGUAGUUGUAGUCAGUAUUACAGCAAAAAUACAUAUAACAAAAUAUAUAUUGAAGUCAUACACAAUUGUGCCUAAUAUAGAGAAUCAUUAGGUAAUAUGAGCCUACAACGUUUAUGAGAAGAUUUGUAAUUUUACAUUAAAAGUCAUAAUUUUACAAGACUAUAAAGAUAUGUGUGUGUGGAAAAAAGUCAUACAUUAUAUGACAAUAAAAUUACAAGGAUAAAGUAGUACAUGUACGUAUGUGAAAAAAAAUCGUAGUUUCAUGAGAAAAAAAAUUGAAAUUUUAAGAGUAAUGAGGCACUUCUCUAUGCAAAUUAGUAGUAUUACAAGAAACUUUUUUUUACAAGCAUAAAGAGGUAAUUUUGGGGGAAUAAAGAGGUGAUGUGUAAGAAGUAACACAGUUUUCACUAUGGCCAAUUUAAUGAUGAACUAAUUCUACUGUUUUAUCAUGGAGUCUUCUCUGUCGCAAAUACAUAUUUAGCUUAGCGUCACUCCUUUUGAAUCAAGAACAAGCAAAAAUGUAGUCACUGCUCACAAUUUAUUACAUCACAACUAAUUGCAGUGCAUACAGUAUAUUGAAUUAAACUUUCAGUUUGUUGGUGUGUUUUGGAUCAUUACUAACUUGUUCACAUUAAGGUGUGAAUGUAAAUGAUGAUGGCAGCAACAAUGAAUGUAAGCUUGAGAAAAAAUGUACACCCAAAUACAGGUCAAUAAAUCUGCAAUAGCA